UGUGUUUCUCGAAUCAUUCAGAUUCUCUUAUUCGAAACGUGCGCGUCAAGCGAAAAAAAAAUUUUGAAAAUAUAAAAACGUUUUAAAAACUAAACGAAGUAAAUUUUCAGUUUAAUUUAUACGCGGCAAGAGAAGAAAUUAAAAAAAAACAAGGAUAACCAAAUACAGAGGAUAACACACAAAUUUAAGUGUUAAUAAAACUUGCAGCAACAUGGCGCUUUCCAAAGUCGACAGCGGCAAUAUGGAUUUGGAGCAGGAACGUUAUUUACGUGAGGCCACACGUCAUUUUUCCGGCAUCGAUAAGCCACUUAAAUAUGGACCCAGCAUCGAUAGCUUAAAUGAUUUGAUCACGGCACUGCAUAAAGAGUUCGAUACGAAUUUUGUAAAUAUCGAGAUGGUCAAUCACAUAAUGUUGACAUACAAAUCGAAUGCUCGCGAAUGGAAGCGUUUCGCCAAAUUCGAUCGUUUCAAGUACACGCGCAAUCUGGUCGAUGCCGGCAAUGGUAAAUUCAAUUUGAUGAUCUUAUGCUGGGGUGAAGGACAGGGCUCGGCCAUACAUGAUCACGCUGAUUCGCAUUGUUUCAUGAAGAUGCUUAAGGGUGAUCUGAAGGAGACACGGUACAAAAUGCCAGGCACCAAGGCCAUAGAGCUGCCCAACGUGGACAUUGGACAAAUGGUGUGCGAUAGCGAUGGCGAACGAGAAUUCGAUAGUGAACAGCUGACAGCUGUGGGCGACACCACAAUAGGCGUUAACGAUGUCGCGUACAUAAAUGAUAAUCUCGGCUUGCAUCGCGUGGAGAAUCCGAGUCACAUUGAGACCGCAGUUUCGCUGCAUUUGUAUUGUCCACCUUUUAAUGAGUGUUCGGUCUUUCACAAAAACUCUGGCAAGCGUAUAAAAUGUCCUGUCACAUUCUGGAGCAAAUAUGGUGUGCGUCAGUCGGAAUGCAAUAAAUAGUUGCGUAUCACUCAACCGUUAUUAUUGAUAACUUGACGCUUUUGGGAAACAGCAGUUAAUCGCGGAAAUCCUAAUAUUAUUUUGAUUCACUUUAAAAGUUGAAUAUAAUUGUAUAUUUUAUAUUAAUUAUAUAUGAUAACACUUUUAUACAUGUA